AUGCAAAGCCCUAAACACUGGAAGACCACCAAGACCGUUUUGUUGUAUAAGAAGGGAGAUCCACAUAACAUCGGUAACUAUCGCCCAAUCUGCUUACUGUCCGUCAUCUACAAUCUCUUUGCAAGAGUGAUCCUUAAUAGGAUUGAAAAAGUCUUGGAUGAAGGACAACCAUGCGAGCAAGCAGAGUUUCGGAAAGGAUUCAGCACGAUUGACCACAUUAACACUGUUUCGAAACUCAUCGAGGUAUCGCGAGAGUACAAGAUACCGCUCUGUCUUACUUUCAUCGACUUGAAAAAGGCCUUCGACUCAGUUGAGACGGAAGAAGUCAUGGAAGCCUUCGACAACCAAGGCGUCCCUAUUCAGUACAUAAAGGUACUUCGAGAGUUGUACAGUGACUUCACAACCAGAAUUUCGUCAUUGUACAAGAAUACCAACAUUGACGUGAAGGGAUGGGUCCGACAGGGUUAUACCAUCUCACCUGAAAUAUUCACGGCCUCGUGA